AUGGCACCAUCAGAAUCUGCUGCGUUGCCUGCGCUAGAGGUUAGACUUCUCGAUCUCGAGAAGCGGCUUUCAGAAUUAGACCAGAGAUACAACUCCCUGUUAGAAUCUACAAAGCAAGGCGAGAAUGGGGCAACGGGCCCAUCAGAGGGCUCAAAGAAGUCUUCAGAUACUACCGAUAGCGAAGUGAAAGUGAAAGAUGACAACGAAAAUACCAAUCUGCAUUCUCGAGUAAAAAUUGUCAAAACAAUUAAGGAUCCUCAGACAGGAGAGCGUGUUGAGCGCCAAGAUGAAACCCUAAACUCAAAGCCAGACACUAGCGACCUUGCCUUCAUAUUGAGAAAGACGGUACAUGACAAGUUCUCAGGUGAAGAAGACUGCUCUGAAAUUGACAUAAUCAAUCUGGGGCUGUGGGAGCUCUUGAAAGAGCAUCUUGGUGACUACCCGUAUCAUUUAUUCCGCGCAUCACCGGUUACUAUUUAUUCUCCUUACGAGCCAUUCAUCUUCAAGUGGGGUGAGCUAGAAAAGGCAGCAGCCCAAGACCCAAAGAAUGAGCAAGACAAACAGGCCAGAGAAGACCUACAGACUCUCCUAAGUAUACUUUCGGGUGGAUCGUCAGGCGAUGCCAAACUAGAUAAAUACUUCAAAACCCGGGAAGUAUGCUUGCGAGAAAGUACGAUUCAAUUCGAUGACCUCUGGACUAUAUUUCCCCCUGGAACUCUGGUUUAUGGAAAGCCUUUCCAAAACCAGGAUCAGGUGUUUAUUGUUCAAGACAACAGGAGGACCUGGCCAGAGCGUGGCGACCGUCCGCAGCAGUUACUGCCAUGGCAGCUUGUGUGCUGGACGUAUGAUUGGACCGGUGAAAAGUUCCAGAGGACUGGCUUCACACUUCUCUUUGAGCAGUUUGACGGACACAGGCCCAUAACAGCAUUACCAUACUAUCCCUUCCGUCUACACGCCGAUUAUGAUUCCGUCAAGUCUAAACUGAUUGAGCGCGGUAAACUAUUCCGGAAGUACUGUCUUACCAAAGAAGGAUCACGGCUAUUCGAGUACGAGGGUGAGACGAUCUUUGAGAAAAAGGGCUUUACUGGACUAGUGCAAGCCGAUGAGGAUGAUAAUAGCGAUACUCGGUCAACGAAUCCCUUCUUGGAGUUUGAGCGGAGAAUGCUUAGGCGCCAUCUGUCGGCACAGGAACCUACUCGAAUCGAAUCUGUGAAGUCAUCAUAUAUAAAUAGCAGAGUUGUGAUCGACUACCUGUCCUACUUCCAAUAUGGGCCUUUGGUUGCUCGUAACGGUGCAUUGAAACUAAGUGCAGAUGACUUGGAUUGCAUGUGCUCUGACUGUCAGCAGAACGGAGGCUUAACAGCUAAAUAUAGGACUCGCUUCGACGAAGUCAAAAUCCAAAAGAAUAAGAUUUGGGAGGACGAACAAUACAUGCUCUGUCCUCCACGUCUACUCGGAUACAUUCUCGGAGAGAAACAGUGGGCGCAAUUGCAAGUCACCAUGGUACAGGAAAUCCCGCCCGACGACCCGAAAAAUGCUUGGAUUACUCGACUACAGCUCGCCGAUGACAACAAAACCAAAGAUAUGCUUUUUAACCUUGUGCAGAAUCACGCGUCGGCAAUGAAGAAAGAGACCAAGCCAGGGGAAAUGGAUCUGGAAGUUGACGAUAUCAUACCUGGGAAAGGGAAAGGUCUGGUUAUUCUGCUCUAUGGACCGCCGGGCGUUGGAAAAACGUCGACAGCAGAAACCAUUGCUAUUGCUACACGCAAACCUCUGUUCUCUAUUAGCGUCGCCGAUGUUGGCACCAAGGCCCGGCAUGUUGAAUCGAACCUGUCUAAGAUAUUUACUCUUGCCGCUUCUUGGCAAGCCAUAUUACUGAUUGACGAGGCCGAUGUUUUUCUCGAAAGUCGUGGACGUGGUAACGCCACCUCGACGGAUAGAAAUGCUCUCGUUUCAGUGUUUCUCCGGGUCCUUGAGUAUUACCAAGGUAUUAUGUUUUUGACAACGAACCAAAUCGCCCAAUUCGACGUUGCUAUUCCAUCUCGGAUCCAUGUUUCCAUCCAGUACGAGAGCCUCAAACCAGCGCAGAUGGAGCAAAUCUUCAGAGGGUUCCUUCAGCCGCUAGAGGACAAGAACCUGAUUGAGGACUAUGAGGAGAUCUUGGAGUGGCUCAAAGAAGACGUAUAUGGCAUCGGAUUUGACGGUCGGCAGAUCCGAAAUAUCGUCACUACAGCUUUAGGGUUGGCUCGUGCUGAGCGCAGGAAAGGCAAAGGAAAGCUCAAUAAGAAGCAUCUAAAGUCUGUUGUUAGCAAUUCACUUGUCAGCGAGAAAGUUCGGCGGGAUAAAUCGGUCCUCAACGACCGAUGGAAGAAUGGCUACGGACCGUGA